UUGUUCUUUUAGUUGAUAAUCUAAUAGGCUUCCCCCAUAUACCCACCAGCUGACGUGUGAUAUCAGGUGUGAUAUCAGAUGUAAUUAAUGCUUCAGUGCUCUUUAAUGAAGGACUCGUGGUACAUCUUCAGUGUUCUUGACAGUAGGCAUCGAUAGCGCAGCGCACACCAAUGGGACUGGGUAACUCUCAACCGAAGCUGUACCCCGGAGAUAUUCUUGAGUUUCCCGGCAACAAUUACUUCUCUCAUUUUGGCGUUUACUAUGGCGAAAGAGACGGAGUUCCUUACGUGGCCCAUCUGACCAUCAGAGAUGCUGAAACCAAACUCCUACUUUUCGGCCGAGCUAUAAACGCCUCCGUUAAGCUGGACCCGCUUGAUGUAGUCGGGAAGAAAUACAGGGUCAAAAACUACUUGGAUGAAAAGCAUCCACCUCGAGAUUUCUACGUUCUCAUCAAGCCGGAGAUCGAUGAAAUCAUGACAAAACCCGUCACUUUUGACAUCUUGUUCAAUAACAGCGAACAUCAGGCCACAAUGUUUCGAUACGGGGUUAAAAAGUCAGAGCAGAUCGAAAAAGUCUAUUCCAAGAUAGUUCCCACCUGGAAAGAUUUAUUUGAGAAGAAAAAGAUUUAAGAGCCACAUCUUCUGCAUGAAGACAGAAGACUUCACGAUCAUACAAAAACUAUUUCUUUCUUAAACAAUUUCUACACGCAUAUGAUGUUAAAUACAAUCUAAACAAAAGUCUAGCUAACUAAUCUUUGUGAAUGUAUUUCGCAUCAGAAUAUUGGAUAUUUUCAAUAUGUCUCUGUGUCCAGAAGGAGGCGACAGAGAGUUAAACUUUGCUUUGGAUUUAGAACAAAAAAGGUAAAGAGCAGGAAUGAUUAAAUGUCAACCAAUUUAUCUACUAUUGCUAUUAACUAGCAAAAUGUCUCUUUCACAACAUUUCAUUUUAUAAUUUUUGUUUGUUUGUUUGUUUUAUCGUUGAAGGGAAAAAUAUAGGCUACUAUCUUGUGCGUUUCUCAUUCAUAGCUAAUCUAGAAUUGAGGAAAUGUCUCUAGCUUUUUAGAUUAAUAUAAAUUUGAUAUAUAGCCUAUGUGCCAUGUUUCAAUGUCAACUAACAGUAUGUAAAACUAUAAAGAGUUUAUUAAAAUGGCUUCACUGAAACUUGA